AUGGGAUACAGGGCGGGGACCAGGGCGGAUCCGAACGCAAUAACACCCCAGCAAGCGCGGACGGCAUUCGCGAGAUACUGCAAAAAGAUAGACGUGACGAAGGAGGAGCUAGCGUGGAACUUUGGAUGCAUAUCGGCAAGCCAAAAUAACGAGCAGGAGGCUGUCCUGGUGCGUGAGCUAAUCCUGAGCAACAAUAAACGACUGUACCACGGAGCACAGAGCGCAGCAGACAGGACGGCGGCGACGGCGGACAUGGCAGAGACGAGUGUGAAACAAAGGGCGGCGGGCACGUUGGGCGGUAGCGACGGGGAUGGUGACGGUGACGGUGGCGAGGGAGAGGAAGGGGGUCCAUUAACACCAGACAGCGAGAGGGGCAAGGAGGAAAGGGGGAGAGAGGAAGCCAACGCGACGUGCGCAGAGGAUGAGGAUAUAAACUGGGACGACGCAGCGGAGGGGAUAGGCGAGGGAAUCGAGGGACCGGAGGGCUUUCGCGACAGCGACGAUGACGACGAAGAAAGGGGAGGGAACGGAGGGGCGACACGCAGGAGGGGCGAAAUCGCUAACGGCCCGAGCAGAGAGGGCGACGGCAGGGCACGAGGGAACAACGGAGACGCUACCGAUGACGCGAACCGAGGCACGGACGCCGGCGGGGACGGGGAGGGCGACAGCGACGUCGAGGUUGACGCAACCGUAUCGAGAGCGCCACCCAAAAAGGGGCGGACAGCCAUGGAGGUCACCGAAUGGAGGGCGAACGGCACGAUACGAAAAGGCAGGGCGAGGCGGAUGGAGAAAGAAACCGCGAGCAGACAGCGCCUGCUGGCCAUUUCGAGACAUUCGCCAAGAACGCUAGCUACAUGGGAGGGCUUCGUGAAGGAUGGAUUGAAAAACAUUCGAACAAAGAAGAGGCGACGGGAGGAACCGGCGGAGGAUGCAACGCUGCUUGGCCGACACGGGACGCUCUGA